GUAUUUUGUCCUCGUAAAUCUAGCGUUCUCCGCGUGCACGGACGCAUAAAAAAGGGGGAUAAAAAUGUUUCGCCUCUCUCUGGCUCGUCUGGCCCUUCCAAAGGAUAAAAAAGAACUUAUGGAAUUGGUUAAGUCUUUGCGUUAUCGUACAGAAGCAGCCAUCAUGGACUGCACUUCAGCAUUAAAGGAGUCCGAUGGCGAUAUUGAUGCAGCAAUCCAGAUUCUACACAAAAAGGGCCUUGCCCGGGCUAUGAAAAAGACUCAUCGAAUCACAGAGAACGGCUUCUUAGUCCGCUGCGUCAGUUCUACUCCCGCCAACGGUGCGGCGAUCAUAACAAUGUGCAGUGAAACCGACUUCGCGGCUCGCAAUGAGCACUUUCAAAAAGUUUGCCUACAGACUAAAUAUCGCUUUGAGGAAAUGCUUGAUAGGAGUCAGGGGAAAGUCCUGAACCAUCCGGAGGACGCCACAAAGGAGCUCAGUUUGGCCAUGGAUAGCGUCCUAAAGUCUAUGAUCGCCGUGCUUGGGGAGAAUGUUCGGGUGCGCUCGGUGACGCCGCUUAAAAUCCCCCCUCGUCCCUCGGAGCAUCUUUCUAUAGGUAGCUACACCCAUGGUGCGGUGGGCGUCGAAGAUGUUGGCCGAUUUGUUGGCCUUGUUGCGGUCGAACACCUUCGAACGGGGGAGGUGGUCCAGCCGGAUGUGCUCACUUCUGUGGCUAGGCACUUCGUAGCGACAUCGGGCGCGGAGGGCAGCUAUACACAGCAGAACUUCUUCGGCUCGGAGGACGAACCCCUAGGCAGGUGGCUGAAGCGGCACCAUCUGCGAUUCAUUAGCAGUCUUGUGAUGGAGUUUGGGAAGGAGCCGGUCGAACAUGCUGCCAUACAAAGCGCGGGGAACAGCGCGGCGAAGAGUGCACAGGAAACACCCAUACAGGAGAUGGGCAAAUGA